CCCCGGAGCCGCCAUGGCCCUCUCGCCCGUGGCCGUGCAGGUGCCCGGCAUGCAGAACCACCGAGCUGAUCCCGAGGAGCUUUUCACCAAACUGGAGCGCAUCGGGAAAGGCUCCUUCGGAGAAGUCUUUAAAGGCAUUGAUAACCGGACGCAACAUGUGGUGGCCAUUAAAAUUAUCGACCUUGAAGAGGCCGAGGAUGAAAUUGAAGACAUCCAGCAGGAGAUCACGGUGCUCAGCCAGUGCGACAGCCCUUAUGUCACCAAGUACUACGGCUCCUAUUUGAAGGGCACAAAGUUGUGGAUAAUAAUGGAAUAUUUAGGUGGGGGAUCAGCCCUGGAUCUGCUCCGUGCUGGCCCCUUUGACGAAUUCCAGAUUGCUACGAUGCUCAAGGAGAUCCUGAAAGGGCUGGAUUACCUGCACUCCGAAAAGAAAAUCCACAGAGACAUCAAAGCUGCCAACGUGUUGCUGUCUGAGCAAGGAGAUGUAAAGCUUGCGGAUUUUGGAGUGGCUGGGCAACUGACCGACACUCAGAUCAAGAGGAACACUUUCGUAGGGACGCCCUUCUGGAUGGCCCCCGAAGUCAUUCAGCAGUCGGCCUACGACUCAAAAGCUGAUAUCUGGUCUCUUGGAAUCACCGCCAUCGAACUAGCCAAAGGGGAGCCUCCGAAUUCAGACAUGCACCCGAUGCGAGUCCUCUUCCUCAUCCCCAAAAACAACCCCCCCACUCUGGCCGGAGAGUUCAGCAAACCCUUCAAAGAGUUUAUUGACGCCUGUCUGAAUAAGGACCCGACGUUUCGUCCCACAGCCAAGGAGCUGCUGAAGCACAAAUUCAUCCUGAAAAACGCCAAGAAGACCUCGUACCUGACGGAGCUGAUCGACAGGUUCAAAAGAUGGAAAGCAGAAGGACACAGCAGCGAUGAAACGGACUCGGACGGCUCGGAUUCCGAGUCUAGCAACAAGGAGAACAAUUCCCACCCCGAAUGGAGUUUUACCACCGUGCGGAAGAAGCCGGAUGCCAAGAAAGUGCAGAAUGGGACAGACCAGGAUCUCAUGAAAACCUUGGGCUGUUUAACCCUGAUCAUCAAUCCCGUGUUUGCAGAGCUGAAGCAGCAAGACGCAAACAGCGCCGGCAAGAGGCAGGCCAUCGAAGAGCUGGAGAAGAGCAUCAGCCUGGCCGAAGCCGCCAGCCCCGGCAUCACGGACAAGAUGGUGAAGAAGCUGAUGGAGAAAUUUCAGAAGUAG